UGCAUCCUCAUCGAACUUUCGAUCGCCACUCUCAAAUCACCACAAACGAUUCGUUGAAGGCUUCACGCCAAGCGUGAGCGCUCUAUUGCCUAUCCGAGUGGCCCCAACUGGUCGCAGAUCUCAGUCACCACUCAAGAGCUAAGGUAGUCAAGUGACCUGCCCCAUUCCGGGCAUACUCGCUCGGUGACCAUGGCGACAGCUCAAGCGACCGCAGCGCCCACGCGCACGCAUCUUACUCUCAGUGGAUCCACCGCCAUAGUCUCUGAAUUCUUCGAGUAUUCUCUUCAGUCCAUUCUCUAUCAGCGGGGAGUCUAUCCUCCGGAAGAUUUCAAAACGGUCAGAAAGUAUGGGCUUCAGAUGUUGGUCAGCUUGGACGACGCCAUGACGGAAUAUGUGGAGAGGGCAAAGAAACAAUUAGAAGAGUGGUUGUUGAAGGGAGCUAUCUCCAGAGUUGUCGUCGCUAUCAUCGAUACAGAGAACGGCGAGACGGUGGAGAGAUGGCAGUUCGAUGUCAACGUGGUGAACAAGAGUCAAGAAGCGAAUGGCAAGGAGAACGAAGCUCCCGUGCAAGCUCCAUCAGGCAAAGCAGGCCCAAAGGGUGCAAAAGGCCCAAAGACCGAUGAUCAGGUCAAGGCAGAGAUCGCGGCGAUCAUCAAGCAAAUCACAGCAUCUUGCACAUUUUUGCCCAUGUUGGAGGAUCAGUGCUCCUUCACUCUCUUGGCUUAUACAAACGCAUCGGAGCCUAUUCCAAUCGAAUGGGCGGAAAGCGACGCCCGGCUGAUCGCAGAGGGUCAGGCCGAGCAAGUCAGGUUGCGAAGUUUCAGCACGGCCAUUCACCAAGUCGACAGCGUGGUAGCAUACAGGCGAGGAGAGGAGGACUAGAUCAUUGGGGUCGCCUCUCAUCUUCGCGUCCAAAACACCGGCUUCUUAGUUUCCAAUACAGCUAGUCACGGACCAUUUGUAAUCAUACGAGUUUCAUGAUUGACUCCAGGCGUGCAAUGGGGAUGCCAUCAAUGGUGCGACAGACCAGACCAUCUUCGC